CUUGCUGCUCUCCGGCAGACCCUGCGCUCGCAGCGGAGAGGAGCUGGAAUCGAGGGAAGGCAGCGGCAGGAGGGAGGAGCGCGGCGAGCUCUGCGAGAAUGGCGGGCAGGCAGAGCUGGCGGCCAGCAGCCGGGCGAGUGCUGCUGCCCGCUUUGCUACUGUGCUGGUGCUGCCGGGCGGCAACGGAGCGGCUCCACUACACCAUUCCCGAGGAACUGGCCAGAGGCUCGCUGGUGGGGCCGCUGGCGCGGGACCUGGGGCUGAGCCCAGAAGAGCUGCCGGCACGCAAGCUGCGGCUAAGUGCCGAGAAGCAAUACUUUACCGUGAGCGGGGAGAACGGGAACCUGUACGUGAGCGAGAGGCUGGACCGGGAGGAAAUGUGCGGCGAGUCGGCGACCUGCUCCGUCAGCUUCGAGGCGCUGGUGCAGAACCCACUUAACGUUUUCCACAUUGACGUGGCCAUUCAUGACGUAAACGACAACUCGCCGGCCUUUAGCAAAGAUAUUCUUGACAUAGAAAUUGGUGAAUGGGUCCCUCCCGGUACUUCUUUUCCGAUGGAGAUGGCCCGAGAUAUGGACGUAGGCAGCAACUCGCUGCUGACUUAUCAGCUCACUAUCAACUCGUUCUUUAGCCUGGCUGUCAAGGACAGCCCCCGUGGAAAGAAGCAGCCGGAAUUAGUCCUUGAGAGAGCGUUAGAUAGGGAGAAACAGAGCUCUUUUCAACUAGUGCUGACAGCGAUAGAUGGCGGAGAUCCUGUGAGGUCCGGCAGUGUCCAGGUUCGUGUCAAUGUGACGGAUGCCAACGACAACGCGCCCGUUUUCAAUAAAAGCGUCUAUGAGGCGCGAAUGUGGGAGAAUCUGCCUGCGGGAUCGCUUGUGCUGCGGGUGCACGCCACCGAUGCGACGCGGGCUCUAACGGGGCAUGUCUCCUACACCUUCGGCAACGUCCCGGCUGACGUCCGCUCGUUGUUCAGCAUCGACAGUGUCACUGGCGAAAUCAGGACGUCGGGACAUAUCGACUUCGAACAGAAGACCAAAUACAGCUUUGGACUGGAGGCGAAAGACGGCGGCGGGCUAAGCGGUUACUGCGAAGUGCAGAUAGACAUAAGCGACGAGAACGACAACGCGCCCGAAAUCACGGUGCUGUCGGUGUCGAGCCCUGUGCCCGAGGACGCUCCUGCCGGAACGGUGGUGGCCGUGCUGAACGUGAAAGACCCGGACUCUGGGGAGAACGGUCAGGUAUGGUGCGAACUGUUGAAUGAGGAGCCGCUGUCGCUCGUGGCGUCGUCCAGUGGCUCGUACAAAGUGGUGACGGCGAGCGCGCUGGACCGAGAGCAGGCGUCUGAGCACCGGGUGACGGUGGUGGCGAGGGACCGGGGAAGCCCGGCGCUCUCGAGCAGCACGGUGCUGGUGCUGGAGGUGUCGGACGUGAACGACAACGCGCCGGUGUUCGAGGAGGCCGCCUACAGCGCCUACGUGGCGGAGAACAACGCGGCGGGCGAACUGGUUUUGCACGUCAGGGCGCGGGACGCGGACGCAGGCAGCAACGGGCGCGUGCGGUACUCGCUGGAGGGCGGCAGCGCUGGCGCGGCGCCGUACGUGUCGGUGGAUGCGCAGAGCGGCGCAGUGUACGCGCAGCGCUCCUUCGACUACGAGCAGUGCCGCGAGUUCACGGUGGUGGUGCGGGCGCAGGACAGCGGGGAACCUGCGCGGAGCUCGACGGCGACGGUGCGCGUCUUCGUGUUGGACCGCAAUGACAACGCACCGCGGGUGCUGUGGCCCGUGGCGGCCACAACAGCAGCCGCAGCCCCAUUUGAGGUGGUGCCGAGGACGGCCGAGGCCGGGUACCUGGUGGCCAAGGUGGUGGCGGUGGACGCGGAUGCGGGGCGCAACGCCUGGCUGUCGUACGAGCUGGUGCAGGCUUCAGAGCCGGCGCUGUUCCGCGUGGGGCUGCACAGCGGCGAGGUGCGCACGGCGCGGGCCGUGUCAGAGAGGGACGCGGCGAAGCAGAGGCUUGUGGCCGUGGUGAAGGACCACGGGCAGCCGGCGCUGUCGGCCACGGCCACGCUGCACGUGGUGCUGGCCGAGAGCUUGCAGGAGGCGCUGCCGGAGCUGAGUGAGCGGGCGGCGAGCGCCGAUUCGGCGGCGGAGCUGCAGUUCUCCCUCGUGCUGGCGCUGGCUCUCCUGUCCGCUCUCUUCCUGCUGAGCGUGGCGCUGGCCGUGCUGGCAAGGGGCCGCCGUGCCGGGCCGCCCGCUGUGCUGCACUGCCUGGGUGCGCAGCGCUUCUCCGGGACCGCUGGCGCCGCCUUCCCGGCCGACUUCUGCGAGGGCACCUUGCCCUACUCCUACAACCUGUGCGUGGCACCCGGGCGCGCCGUCGCCGAGACCGCUUGGCCACCGCCGCCGCUGCCCGUGGAGGAGCUUCUCGGCGCUGAGCCCUGCGGCGGGCGGAGCCUGAUUAGCAGCGCUGACGCUGGAGAGCCUCCCGCGAAGCCCGACGCACCGCAGGCUUAG